UUCUCUCCGGACUGCCACCCCACUCCACGAGAGGCAUCGUGAGAGCGAUGUAGGCUCCCUUUCAGGACCUGAGGCUGGAAAAGAGAAGGGAGCCGGGGCGGGUCCGCCGGCCUCUGGAGUCGCGCGUGGAGCGGGUGGGGGUUGAGGGGCUGGGUGCGCGGCCGCCUUCGGAGCGCACCGCACGUGGGGCGCCCCACGCGCGGAAAGGAAGCGCAAAGUCGGCAAGCAAAGCCGCGACUAGGUUGCUUGCUUUGAGAAAUAUUUCAGGGCGGCCUUAGAAGCCGACCCGGGUACCGAACAGUCUCUGGCAAUGGCUCAUCCAGACGCCGUCUGCUCCCUACUCCCAAUCUCGCACCUUGGUCCUCACCUCUGCACCCCUCCUUCCCGCCCCUCCUUUCGAGGACGGUUUAAAGGAACCUGAGAGAGGUGUGCAGGUCAUCCCGAUGGCCCCGGGGCUCCCCGCAGCCAGCAUUACGCCCCACGCAGCCCUCCCGGCCACUGCGGGCGGGGGCGCACGGCGUCACGAGGCGGGGAGCCCGAGGUCCGGGGCGGGGCGCCGGGGAAUCCCAGCCCGAGCGAGCCGGGAGGUGCGGGCGGGCGCGGGCAGGCAGGAGGUGCGCGCGGAGGGAGCAGAGGAGCGCGCGGAGCCGGCGGGCGAGGAGGAGGACGGCGAGGGAGGACGGUGAGGGAGGCCCCGCCCCCGGCUCCCGGAGCCCGCUCCUCGCCGCCGCUGAGCCCGCUCACUUUGCCUCUCGCCUCUGGACGGCUGCCGGGCUGCGUGCAUCAGGGACCGGGGAGCCCUGCCCACGGCGCCUUGGCUACCGCGCGCCCUCCGGGAGGCCGGCACCGCCUGGAGCCGCGGACACCCACCGGGACUCUCGAAGAGCGAACCCCGGAGCGCGGGGCGGCGGCAGUGACACCGCGGGGGGAUCCAGGCGGCGCGGGGCGCGAGCCCCUGGGGAGCGCGGGCCCCGACGGCGCGGCCACCCCGUGCGCUCGGUGGGCAGGCCCCCGGGGCGGCCAGCCAUGACCUUCGGGCGCGGCGGGGCGGCCUCGGUGGUGCUGAACGUGGGCGGCGCCCGGUACUCGCUGUCCCGGGAGCUGCUCAAGGACUUCCCGCUGCGCCGCGUGAGCCGGCUGCACGGCUGCCGCUCGGAGCGCGACGUGCUCGAAGUGUGCGACGACUACGACCGGGAGCGCAACGAGUACUUCUUCGACCGGCACUCGGAGGCCUUCGGCUUCAUCCUGCUGUACGUGCGCGGCCACGGGAAGCUGCGCUUCGCGCCGCGGAUGUGCGAGCUCUCCUUUUACAACGAGAUGAUCUACUGGGGCCUGGAGGGCGCGCACCUGGAGUACUGUUGCCAGCGGCGCCUAGACGACCGCAUGUCCGACACCCACACCUUCCACGCGGCAGACGAGCCGGGCCGCGAGCAGGCUCGCCCGGCCGGGUCCGAGGCGGCUCCCUCCCGGCGCUGGCUGGAGCGCAUGCGGCGCACCUUCGAGGAGCCCACGUCGUCGCUGGCCGCGCAGAUUUUGGCCAGCGUGUCCGUGGUGUUCGUGAUCGUCUCCAUGGUGGUGCUGUGCGCCAGCACGCUGCCCGACUGGCGCGCAGCGGCCGCCGACAACCGCAGCCUGGAUGACCGGAGCAGGUACUCCGCCGGCCCUGGGAGGGAGCCCUCCGGGAUAAUUGAAGCUAUCUGCAUAGGCUGGUUCACCGCGGAGUGCAUCGUGAGGUUCAUCGUCUCCAAAAACAAGUGUGAGUUUGUCAAGAGACCCCUGAACAUCAUUGACUUGCUGGCAAUCACGCCCUAUUACAUCUCUGUGCUAAUGACAGUGUUUACAGGCGAGAACUCGCAGCUCCAGAGGGCUGGAGUCACCUUGAGGGUGCUCCGGAUGAUGCGGAUCUUCUGGGUGAUUAAACUCGCCCGGCACUUCAUUGGCCUGCAGACGCUGGGUUUGACUCUCAAGCGAUGCUACCGAGAGAUGGUGAUGUUACUUGUCUUCAUCUGUGUUGCCAUGGCAAUCUUUAGUGCACUUUCUCAGCUUCUUGAACACGGGUUGGACCUGGAAACAUCCAACAAGGACUUCGCCAGCAUCCCUGCUGCCUGCUGGUGGGUGAUUAUCUCCAUGACUACAGUUGGCUAUGGAGAUAUGUAUCCUAUCACAGUGCCUGGAAGAAUUCUUGGAGGAGUUUGUGUUGUCAGUGGGAUUGUUCUGUUGGCAUUACCUAUCACUUUCAUCUACCAUAGCUUUGUGCAGUGUUAUCACGAGCUCAAGUUUAGAUCGGCUAGGUAUAGUAGGAGCCUCUCGGCUGAGUUCCUGAAUUAAUGUGUUGUGAAUCAGUCCUUGCUCACACUUGAUUUGAUUGAGAGUUGACACGACUUCUUAUUCAUGUGUUUCUCCCUGGGUGAGCCCUGCAGUGGCGUUGUCAUCGUGUUGAUGGGGCGAACGAUAUUCUUUACAGUUGAAGGGAUAAAGCAGUCUACUUAUGGAGUAAACAGGACGGGGACCACUCACACACACCGGUGACACCAAGAGUAAACUUUAGGACCUGGCUUUAUUUGGUCUUGUCUCUGCCUUGGCAGAAUCUCGCAGGCCCAUUGUUGUGGGAUGUUGUUAAGCCCAUUAUUUGAACGCUUGAAAGUAGAAAGACACCAUUCUCCAAAUGCUUUUCCGUCUUAACGAAUUCAGAAGAAGCUUGGAACUUACAGUGUUAUUUUUGAGACUAACAUUUUCAUUUCUAAAUGUUUUAUAAUUUCUCAUAUCAAUGUCAGAAGUAUCCUGGAAACAUAUGCCACAUGUGCGAACUGUUUAACAAAUACUUUAAAAAGUUGGCCCAAAUUUAAACUGUAGCAUGGAGCUAGAGACAAGCAAAAAUAUUAUUGGAAAAACUUUGCACACUUCUCUGUGCCCAGCUUCAUUUCUGUGCCUGUCACUUCCCUUAUCUUAAUAACUUCGUGCAACCUGAAGUGUGUUUUCUCUUCCUCGUUAGGCUGCCCACUUUCCUGAAGUAACUUCCAAAGAGUAUGUGAGAACGGAGAGAGCUUAUAUUGUUCAGUGUUUUGUUGGGCAAUAUUAGAAUCCAUUGCUGUGACUUAGGCCAUAAGAGUCCUAACAUUCAGAUAGCCAGGAAUUCCUAACAUAAAAUGAUAAUAGAAAUGGUUUGAUAUUCUCAGUGUUAGAGCCCAUAGGUCUCCUCUCCAGUUCUUUACUUUCCCUCAGCACCACGGGUUUAAAGGAAGAAAAGAUAUUUAUUUAGCCUUUUGGCACAACAGUAGUACUUAAUGUGUCGUCUAGGUUGUCAUUAAAGGAGAAAUGCUGACUGUCUUAGUUGAGUGUCGCUAAGUCAGCUCGAAGCCAGCUCUAGGCAGCACAGAUGCAAUUAUUUGGCCUGAUUCCCCAUCGUGAAUCAGUCACCCCAAACCUCUUCUUGAGAGGAUGUCAGACAACAGACCACAUUACCCCAUCUAGACUCUAGUGUUAGAUGGAGCAAAAGCGAUGGCCAUUCAGUGCUCAAUUUUCAUAACUAUGAAUGAGACUAUUGGAUUUUCAACAACUCUUAAUAAAGAAAUCAUGU